UGAGAUGGACUUCUCAGCAGACCAGCGAUCGAAAGAAACAAACGAUCUUCCCUUAAAUAAAAAAAAUUAAAAAAUAUUUCAAUUUUCUUUCUUCCCGGAAAGCCACUCUUCUCGUUUUCUUCAAGCAAAUCGCUGCCGUAAAUCCUGCAUCCUAUCCAACCACUCUACUUACGACGUUCCAACUAGAGAAAAAUGGACUUCUCCUCCUGUUUUGAAUAAAUCCCAUAAUCCCAUCUCCCUUUCUUCGAUUUCUUCACGUCUCUGCAAUCAGAGAGUGGAGUUCUCGUGAGGAGAAAUGAAAAUUAGGAUGUGGGUUUUGCGUAAUUUUCUUGUUUUCCUUGUCUUUUUGAUGGUGGGUGCUGAAGCGAUUGAGCUGGGACAGAAGACGGAACGGAUUUCAGGGAGUGCGGGUGAUGUGCUAGAAGAUGACCCAGUUGGAAGGUUGAAGGUGUUUGUUUAUGAGCUUCCGAGCAAAUACAACAAGAAGAUCCUUCAAAAGGACCCACGAUGCCUCACGCACAUGUUCGCUGCGGAGAUCUACAUGCAUCGGUUCUUGUUGUCCAGCCCCGUACGGACUCUUAAUCCUGAUGAAGCCGAUUGGUUUUACACGCCCGUAUACACUACUUGUGACCUGACACCUAAUGGGCUCCCAUUGCCUUUCAAAUCACCGCGGAUGAUGAGGAGUGCGAUACAGCUGAUCUCAACAAAUUGGCCUUACUGGAAUCGAACAGAAGGGGCGGACCACUUCUUUGUCGUUCCUCAUGACUUUGGAGCAUGCUUUCACUAUCAAGAAGAGAAAGCCAUCGAACGGGGGAUUCUUCACUUGCUUCAGCGUGCCACUUUGGUUCAGACGUUCGGGCAACGGAAUCAUGUCUGUUUGAAGGAAGGAUCGAUCACGAUUCCUCCGUACGCACCUCCGCAGAAGAUGCAAGCUCACUUUAUUCCUCCGGACACACCCCGCUCCAUCUUCGUUUAUUUCCGGGGUUUGUUCUAUGACGUUGGAAACGACCCUGAAGGUGGUUAUUAUGCAAGAGGUGCGAGGGCGUCGGUGUGGGAGAACUUCAAGGACAACCCGCUUUUCGACAUCUCCACAGAGCAUCCGACCACGUAUUAUGAAGACAUGCAGCGGGCCGUGUUCUGUUUGUGCCCACUUGGGUGGGCCCCAUGGAGCCCCAGAUUGGUGGAAGGGGUGAUCUUUGGCUGUAUACCAGUAAUCAUAGCGGACGACAUUGUCCUGCCCUUUGCGGACGCGAUCCCAUGGGAGGACAUCGGCGUGUUCGUUGCUGAAGAGGAUGUCCCCAACUUGGACACCAUCCUCACGUCGAUAUCGCCAGAGGUGAUACUGAGGAAGCAACGGCUGCUUGCCAAUCCUUCAAUGAAGCAGGCGAUGCUGUUUCCGCAGCCUGCCCAGCCAGGCGAUGCAUUCCAUCAGAUACUGAAUGGGCUGGCCCGUAAGCUGCCACACGAUAGGAGCAUUUACUUGAAGUCAGGUGAGAGGAUUUUGAACUGGACCAGGGGCCCGAUUGGCGAUCUGAAACCAUGGUAGUGGUGGAUUUUUUACCAAAAUCAUAGCCAUUGAACGUUACCGGUUUUCUCCACCCAAAACCAUUGAGGCAAAGGUGUGGGCAAUCAUAGAAACUGUACAUUUUUCUGUUGAAAAUGUUGCAUUAUAGUUCUUCCUUUUUCUAUUCUCUCUUUUUUUUUUUUUUUUUUUUUUUUUUUUGCAGCUGUAGAUGCAUGUAUGGGUAUAUUGUACUCUGAUUGUAAUUUGAGGUUUGAAUGUUAGUGGCCCAAUGGGAGUUUUCAUCCUGUCCAUUGGUUUUAUUGGCA